UAGUUUUUCAUUUAACCCCACCAAAACCACCAUCAUGGUAAUAUCAACACUUAUUUCCAACCAAAUUAUUCAACCACCCUUCAUUAAUAAUAACAGAACACUCAACCUUCAGCUUCUCCGGGUCCAGCCCAAGGAGAAGGUGGUUGUGGUCAUGGGCGCCACAGGAACCGGAAAGUCGCGCCUUUCCCUCGAGAUCGCAACUCGUUUUCCAGCCGAAAUUAUUAACUCAGACAAAAUACAGGCCUACAAGGGUCUAAACACAACCACCAACAAGUUGACCCAUGAAGAAAUGAACAACGUACCCCACCACCUCCUCGGUGUAUUGGACCAUGACCAAGACUUCACCCCUAGUGAUUUCCGCCACAUGGCAACCCUAGCCACGGAAUCCAUUACCAGCAGAGGAUUACUUCCCAUCAUUGCGGGAGGAUCCAACUCUUACAUUGAGGCCUUGCUCGAUGAAAAUAAUCACGAGUUUCAUUCCAUGUAUGAGUGUUGUUUCCUUUGGGUGGAUGUUUCCACCCGGGUGUUGCAUUCUUUCGUUUCUGAUCGAGUCGAUAGGAUGGUCGAGAAAGGAAUGGUUGAUGAGGUGAGAAAGAUUUUUGACUAUGAAAACCAUGAUUACACGAGAGGAAUAAGGAAAGCCAUCGGCGUGCCUGAGUUCGAUUCCUACUUUAGAAGGUCGAUGGAGUUAGGCCUCUCGGGGGAGGAAACUUGUUCUAAGCUUCUUCUAAAAGAGGCCAUAGAGAAAGUGAAGGGAAAUACACGUAAAUUAUCUUGUCGUCAAUUGGACAAGAUUUAUCGGCUUAAGGAUAAAAAAGGGUGGAAGUUACACAGGCUUGACGCGACAAGAGUGUUCGAAUUGCAAGGUGAAGGAACAGAGGAGGAAGCGUGGGAGAGACAUGUAGCACGGCCAAGCAUGGCGAUCCUAAGACGGUUUCUAUUUGAUCAUGACAGACAUCCUAAUAAUAACAUGUUUUAUGAGAAAGGACCAGCAACUGUUAGACAAAUCAAAUCCAUGGAGGCAGCAGUUGCAACUGCAGCUCAUUGAAACAUAACAAAACAAAACAAAACAAAACAAAACAAAAUACAGAGAAAAUACAGAAGAAGAAGUUUACAUGCAACAAAUUAAGGAGGAGACUCACAGUUUUGGUGCUUUUUUCACCAGCAUUUAAUCACUCGAUCGAUCGAGUGUAAAAUAAUGCUUUUUGCUGUCAAGUUUGAUCUGAAACUUAGUGUUGUUAUGUGACAAACAGCUUUUUUUCACUGAGUGAAGAAUCAAAGAUAAGUUUAAGUAAAUGGUGGUGAUAAAAUAAUAUAUCCUCACAAUGAUGCUAGCUAGCUAGCUAGCUCUCUUUAUGCGGUAGAGA